AUGUACAAAAUGUCCCACUAUCGAUUAAAUGAAUUACUAUCAUGCACAAGACAAGGAACUACUUCUGACUUAGCUGAAGCAAUGCACAAAGCAUGCAACAACUUGUCUCAGAUGUCCCUACCAAUAGUAAAAAAUCAAGGCAAUCAGUCACCAACCAAGCAGUUUAAGAUCAAGGCAACCAAUCAGUCACCAACCAAGCAGUUUAAGAUCAAGGCAACCAAUCAGUCACCAUCCAAGCAGUUUACGAUCAAGGCAACCAAUCAGUCAUCAUCCAAGAAGUUUAGGAUCAAGAUAACCAAUCAGUCAAUCAAUACUAGCUAG